AUGAGAAGAUGGCCAUGGAGUGGAGUCGCUGGUUUUUCCCGCCAUCUCACAUCGAGACCCUUGAGCAAUAUCCCGUCAAUACCUACCGACGUUGAACGUAUUAGUGUCAGGACAGGUUCGGCUGGCAGUGUAUUUGUCGAUCUACAUAAUAUAGGCACGGUAUCAAGCUCGGAUCCCUUGCUGAUAUAUUUGCCGCCAUUUGCGAGUGCAUCAACAAAUACACCACCACGUGUGCCGGCUUUCCUGAGGAAGUACCCUACUGCAGUAAUUAAUUACAGAUGGGCCGGGGUUGACUCCUUUGAAGACCACAAGCCAUUGCAAGUGUCUGCACAAGACUUGCAUGAGCAUGCGCCAUUGCUUUCAUUGCCUCCAGAGAUAUGGCCUGUCCCCGUCCAUGAUACCCUGACUGCAUACAGUUGGAUAGUCGAGAACCUGACUCCGCCCACGUAUACUCGCCGCGAUGUUUAUGUAUACGGCUCCUAUCUUGGUGCAUCGUUAGCCACGUCGCUAUCGUUGACUGAGAGUUAUCCGCAUCAACGCAUGGCUGUUCGUGGAUGUAUAGCCUACAAUGGCAUUUACAACUGGACUAUGUUCCUUCCCGACCAUCAGAUUAAUAAGAAUUCCAACACAAAUGCUGUCAAUGUGCUUGAGGACAUUCUAGGACAGCCUACAGAUCCGGCAUUUCAGGACCUUAAGGAUGACAUGCCGGAUUUAUUCGGAGAACCUUCACAACUCUUUGAUCCAUUCGUCAGCCCCUGUCUCUUCUUUCAGACGCCGGGGCUGCUGGUGCCACAAAAGUUCGAUGCCUCUGCCGAUCCUGUCAUCUCCAUGCUGGGCUCGACGGUUGCUGCUUCCGCAGAAGCGCAGGAAGCCAUCAAAGCCUUAUUACAGAUGAUGAAAGACAAACCUCCACGAAGAAGUCCGCUUGCAUUUCCACCACGACAGUCGACACUGAAGAUUCCCGAAACACUAUUGUUGCAUACGGAGUUACCCCCGCCGCCCAUGACAUUCCAAAAGCGGCGAAGGAAAGCCGUCGUCGGCAAUCAUUUCAAGACACAAGCUCAUGAGUUGAUGUCUCUAAUGCGGAGAAGCUUGGAGAAGUUGGAGCUUAGAGAACGUUCAAAAUGGGAUCAGGAUUUCGAAGGAUAUCUGGAAGUCAAUCGAAGAGUUCAGUGUUAUGAUGUUGGAAAAGACGAGCAGCCCUUCCACCUGCCAGAUUAUGGAAAAGAGCUGGCGUGCGAGUGGCUUGAGGAUCGAAUGUCACGAUGA